AUGUGGCGCACGGUACCUCUCUAUUGCACUGCAGCUGCCGUGACGGUGGAGGAGUGUCUUCACGACAUCCAUCGGGGACGGGUCGCCGCGGCGCUUCCUCGCCUCAACAAGCUCAAGGCAGCGUUGUGUACCGUGCAGGGUGUCGACUUCGCACGUGCACUGUGCUUCCUCUUCGACAAGAAGAGCAACCUGCUAGCUGCGCGGCAGAGCCUGCUGGAAGAGCUGCGUCUGCAUCCCCAACAUCACGAGGCGCAAGCACUGCUGCAUCAAGUCAACGACACCGCACGGCCUCUCUUGGCACCGCCGGCAGAGGUUCGAAAGCAGUACCCCUUGUUUUCCCUUCUCUUCGACGCCCUGCUCGACUCCACAAUGCUGACGUGGCCUCGACUUCUGCACCUCUACCAGGCAGUUGACCGUCUUGCGCGUCUUGACAUGAAAGACAGCAGGAACGGGGAUCCAGGACAUGUUGUGGAGUGCGGAACUGCAGGUGGCGGGUCGGCUGUACUGAUGGCCGUUGUGCUAGCGGAAGCAGAGAAUUCAUGCGGCAUUCUUACGUCGCCGCUGCGGCGUGUAUUCGCUCUCGACAGCUUCACUGGUAUGCCGUCUCCCACCGCAAAAGACUGCCUUGCCAGCAUCCCUGUCAGUGCAUCGUCUUCUUCGCAGCUCAAACCCCCGCGGAGCCCAGACGAGGCGACGGCGUCGUGGGGAACCGGCACGUGCCGUUCGCCGGCGACGCACGUGCAGCAGCUUGCGCGACACUUUGCUGUCGAAGACCGACUCGUGGUGAUUGAGGGGCUCUUUGCCGACUCCAUUCCAGCGCGGCUACUGUCGCGCAGCGACGUCCAGCGAGACGGCGUUGCACUUCUUCACGUUGAUGCCGACUGGUAUGCGUCCACGCGUGCAGCACUAGAACUUAUUGUACCUGUAAUGCGCCGUCGCACAGCAGGCGAUAGGGGCAUGGGCGGAAGCCCAUACCCCUAUCGCAUAGUGCAAGUCGACGACUAUCACUACUGGCAAGGCUGUCGCGAGGCUGUUGACGAGUACGUAGCGAAGUGGGGAGCCGGGUCUCCGCACAUCGGCGACAUCGACGGCAAUGCAGUCUGGUUUGCUGUUUCCAAAGACGGCGACGAUGUGACACACAACAUCACCUAUCAGUGA